GGGCUUGCAGAAACUCAAAGCUGCUGCUGCGGUCGUCUGUCUGAGUCUGAGUCAAUCAAUCGUCCGCCGUCGUCCAGGCUAGUCACCUAGUCGAGUCGAGUCGAGCUAGUUGCGUGUGAACGUCGCUGAAAGAAAGUCGUCUUUGCUUGCGCUGGCUGGUUGUUGGGACUCUUGGGAGGAGUGAAGUUCGCGUCCGGCCGCGAAAAGGAAAGCGCCCAUCGUCGUCGCGAGUUUCCGUCGGUCGGUAGUCUGUGGCGUAUUGUGAGAGCGGUUUUUUUUUUCCUGGGGCGGAAGUGAGGGGAUUUCACCCUGGAGGAAGGUCCGAGACAGUCCUCCUUCAACCACCUUGCAAGGGAAGAAAGGGGCUUUGUGGCUGCGGUGUCCAGUUAGAUUAAUCUAAUUAUCAGUGGUCCAUUCGAAGCAAUCUGUGAGAUCAAAGUAGUUGGCAGUGAAGAAUCUCCAAGGUUGAGUCUGAGCAGGCGGCGCGCGGGCGAGGCAGUCAGUGUUUUGUUCGGGGCACGGUGCGGGUUGCUUUGACUGCUGCCGCUGCAACAGUGUUGGCCCGGGAUAAAGGAGGGAGUGCUCUCGAUUUAUUGAUUUUUCUCGGUCAUAGUCGCCGUCAUCGCCGAGGCGGACGCCUGCUGAUGUUGAAUGCGAAAUAUUUUGGAAUCUCGUUUGCGGAAAGUCGAAUCGUUUUUCCCCCGAGAAGUGAGUGAAUGAUAAGGUAUAAGGUCAUCCUAUCGAUGAAAAUCUGGUGAUCUGUUGUUUUUAUACUGUCGAAACCAAUCGUUAGAAGCACCUGAAUAUCUGAUAAUCAUCUCGAUGUGCCGAAAGAGAAGCUGGGCGGUUUCGGUUGAUUGGUUGAAAGUUAGAAGAUAAAAAGUGAUUCAGAAGAAGGAAGAUAGAAAGAUAAGGCGAUUGAAAGCUGGAGGCUGCAUCAUCGCAGUAGUGAAACGAAUGUGAAUCUCGAAAAAUUGUAAAAAUAUUAAGAUAAGGUAUCGAAAACAAGUGAAAACUAGUGUUAAGAAAAUGUCGAAAUAAUUCUUUGUGAAUCUCAAUUGUGAAAUCAUCUUUCGAAUUAAGUGGAAUUCUUUCAACUGUGCAAAGUUGUAGUGGUUUAACAAACAUGAUGUGGAUUCCUACCAGCAAUAAAUACGGAGUUGCGAUCCACAACUGGCACGGCGAUGUCACACACGGUCUGGCACUGGACGUCGGCGAUUGCGUUGAAAUCCUGGAGGAAACGACCCACUGGUUCCGAGGCACAUGCCCCCGGAAGCCCCGCAAGGUGGGUCUGUUUCCCAAAUCGUACAUCCACCUGAAAGACCUGGCCAAGGUGGACCCGGUCGUCGGCGAGUGCACCCUGGUGCUCCGCGAAUGGUCCGAGAUAUGGAAGAAGCUAUUUGUGGAACGAGAGGAAUACAAAUUCACCUCGCUGCGGAAGGUGAUGCUGGCGCUGCUGGAAAGCCGACGGGAGCUGCUGAGCGCCACCCUAACCCAGGACCAGACGUACGAUUUGCAGAUGAAGGUGAUCUCCAAGAUUGACUGGGGCAAUCGAAAACUAGGCCUAGAUUUAGUGCCCCGAUUAGGAACGCUUGCGGUUGACCCGCACAAAAUCGGAAUCGUUUCGCUGCACCAGGUGCACGUCAACAGUGCCGAAAAUGCCAAAGCCGCUUCCAACCGCGGAACGUUACGGCGGAAAGCCGGCAAGAAAAUCCUCACCCACCACCUGUACUUCUGUAUGCGUGACUUUGGCCACCGGAUAGGGGACGAUGCGGAGAUCUAUUUCUACCUGUACGAUGGCCAGCGGAUGCGAGCCCUCUCGGAGCGCUUCCUGGUGCGCAUUGCCAAAGACGGGUUCUCCACCUACGUGGAGACCUCCAACAACUGUACGGUGUUUACGGAUUUGGGCUCGUCGGAUCUCAAUCAGGAUCUCUACUUGAUCGCGAAUGUGAUGCGGGUCGGAAAGAUGCUGCACUCGGAGUCGGUAAAGAAGGGCGAUAAGUUUAUCAGUAACCAUUCGUAUAGGAGGCCGUACGGGGUCGGAGUCCUACCGCUGAGCGAGAUAGGGCAGUUCGAUCAGACGGUAGAAUCGGAGGAGAAAGAGUUCAGCUUCAAGAUCUUCCAAUGCGAGGAGAAGGACUACCAUCAGCUGCAUGAGUUGAUCAUCAAGAAGGCGAGUGGCAAGUUUCAGCCGAUCAACGCCAGCACUCAGGGUCAUUACGGGUUGGUGGUGUCGCUAAAGCUAAUCCACGGAGGUUUGGGACAAGCACGGAUAGAACAGCCGAUACUAUUCCAAGGAACUGCCAUAACUAAAAAGAUCGGCUUUCCGGACGUGAUCAUGCCCGGAGAUGUGAGGAACGAUCUCUUCCUGACCUUAGAGCGAGGUGAAUUUGAACGAGUUGGUAUCAGUACGGCUAAGAAUAUCGAAAUUACCACUUUGGUUCUGGAUGAGAAUGGGAGAAUCAUCCAGGAGUGCAUAGCGAUCGCAUCCGGAAAUCCUCUGCAGGCGUACUACAAAUCUAUGGUCCUGUACCAUAACAACUCUCCGGCGUGGAACGAAACCAUCCGAAUGUUUGUCCCCAUAGACAAAUUUAGUAAAGCUCACGUGCGGUUCGAGUUUCGGAGUUGUUCCACUCGCGAUAAAUCCGACCCGAAAUUGUUUGGGUUCAGUUUCUCAAGGCUGAUGGAACCAGGAGGAGCCACCAUCGCGGAUGCAUCUCACGAGCUCUACGUCUACAAGUGUGAAGACAUUCUCAAGGUUCAGCCAAACAUCUACCUUCGGUUGCCAUGUUCCGCCACGGACAAGCACGCCCAUACACUGGAGUCAAACUCCCCGUACCAUCGGAGUUCCAAAGAAGCGUUUUUCGUCAAAACGGUACUUUGCUCAACCAAACUGACACAAAACGGCGAUCUUCUAUCGCUUCUACAAUGGCGAAACCACCCACACCGCAUCCAAGAUUCUCUGCAACGGGUCCUCCGACUUCACAAUGAAGAACUCAUAAAAUUCCUCCAAGACGUUUUGGACGCCUUGUUCGCCAUGUUUUCCACGGACGAUGGAAACAGCACUCCUCACUCCGGUCUGGUCUUCCACGUUCUGGUAUCGAUCUUCAGUCUCAUGCAGAGCAGCAAGUUCCAACAUUUCAAACCCGUCAUGGACGCCUACAUCAAGGAUCACUUCACCGCCCCUCUAGUCUACAAAGGUCUGCUCUCCUCAGUGCAACACCUGGCCGAUUGGAUGAACACCGCAGACAACCUCGAACCGAUACUGCAAUGCUUCAGCUCCCUCGAGUUCAUCUUCAAGCUGAUCAUCCAAAGCCGGAAGCUUUUUGCUCACGCCUCCGGUGGCCAAUACGAGGACAAGUUCAAGCACGAUCUUUUCGCCGUGUUCACCUCCCUCAAUGGGAUGCUUCUAGUCGCCAGCCAUUCGCAGAUCCUCCCGACCCAGGAGGCUCUCCUUAGCUCAAUCGGUGUAGUCUUCGAGCAGCUCCGCACCAUCAUCACCCGGUCCGAGCUGGAAACCCUAGUCAAAGGCAUGCUGGACGCAGUCCCUAAGGACGCCCAGCCACCGCUCAUCCAGGCCAAACUGAAAUCCAUCAAGGACAUGGUCUCCGGACAGCUCUUCCAGGACGACGAUCUCCGUUCCGUCAUUCUGAACAUCGCCUGCAAACACCUCAGGAUCCACCUGGCCCGACGCGACGAACUCCGUCUCUGUUCGGAGAUCCUCGCGGAAAUCCUCAUCAAACUGCACGAAGCUAAGGCCAGAACCGGUGAGAAACCUUCUAACGCGAUCCACCACGACCUGGACACCCUGUUCUCCAACAUCUUCCCGAUCCUCAUGCAGACGAUCAACGUCCUCGGUAACGGCGGCAACGAAUCUCUGGUCUGCGCCCUAUUCGCCGUAAUGCUCGGCCUGCUCCAACUCUUGGACGAAACCCAUUUCCAGCGGAUGUGGGACCGCCUGAGCACUACCGGAAGCAACUCCAAAGAGCUGAAAGAUUUCAUCCAGCAGUGUUUGAACAUCUUCAAGGACAUCCUGGAGCAGGAUUGGAUGAUCUUCUCCAAGGAUUGGUUGGUCAUGAAGAUCUCGGCCAACGAAGUGGUCCGGAAGACCCUGGAGGAAAUGGCUAAACCUUUGGUUUACCGCUUCCUUGGCUCCCAGUCGCAGUUCGAUUCGCAGCUGUGGUGGUCGUACUUCAGCGUGGCGGUGAUCUUCUUGACGCAGCCGUCGUUGCAGAUCGAGCAGUAUCACGAAACCAAGCGGAGGAAGUUGCUGAGCACGCAUGGCGAUAUGCGAGUGGCCAUGGGUUUCCAGAUCUUGAGUAUGUGGGCACAGUUGGGGGAGCAUAAGCUACAUUUCAUACCGUCGAUGGUGGGACCAUUCUUGGAGGUAACGCUGGUACCGGAACCGGCGCUAAGGAAGGCUACCUUUACGGUGUUCUACGAUAUGAUGCAGUGCGAACAGGUUUCCCGUGGAUCGUUCCGAUUGGUGGAAAGUGAGCUGAUAGACAAGCUCGAUCUUCUCAUCAGCGAGAACAAGGGCGAUGAUGAGUACCGCGAACUCUUCAGCACUAUGGAACAAUUGUGUCUAGCCCUGUUGGAGCGGGUCCAGGCGGAGAACCCCUCGUGGCGCGAGUCGGGAACGGCUUUCAUUUCGUCCGUUACGCGACUGCUGGAACGGCUCCUGGACUACCGUAGUGUGAUGCAGGGCGACGAGAAUCGGGACAAACGGAUGACCUGCACCGUCAACUUGCUCAACUUCUAUAAUGAUGAAAUAAACCGGAAGGAGAUGUAUGUGAGGUACAUCUACAAACUGUUGGAUCUACAUUUGGGGGCCGAGAACUACAUUGAGGCGGGGUUGACCCUAAAGCUGUACGCCGAUAUGCUGUCGUGGGAUAGCGAGAACAUCUCCGAUGAGAGCAAUGGACCCCGCGAGUGGGAACAGAAGGAAAAGAUAUAUAAGAAUAUCAUCAGCUACUUCGAUAAGGGAAAAUGCUGGGAGAAGGGGAUUCCGCUGUGCAAAGAGUUGGCUAUGUUCUACGAGCGCAAGCGGUUCGACUACAACCGGCUAAGUGAUGUUCUGAUCCAGGAGGCUAAGUUCUUCCAGAAUAUCUUGACGCAACUGCGGCCUGAGCCGGAGUAUUUCCGCGUUGGAUACUAUGGAACGGGGUUCCCGUCGUUUGUUAGGAACAAACAAUUCAUCUACCGAGGGCUGGAGUACGAACGGAUCGGGGCAUUCAUCCAGCGGUUACAGAUCGAGUUUCCGGCGGCGCAGAUCUUGGAUAAGAAGCACUACCCGCCGGACAGUUCGGUGUUGAACUCGCCCGAGCAGCGCUUCCACGUGGUGAACGUGCGUCCAAUAUCCGAUCCGAGCCAUCUCAAGAGUGCCAAAGUAACAGUUCCGGAGAAGAUUUCCAAGUAUUACGAGGUGAACGACGUUACCAAGUUCCAGUAUGAUCGUCCCGUUCACAAGGGGAUCGUCGAUAAGGAUAACGAGUUCAAGUCGCUCUGGAUCGAGCGGACGAUCUACGAUACAGCACAACCCCUUCCGGGUAUCCUGCGUUGGUUCGAGGUGACAAACGCCUCUAUCCAUGAACUAACGCCGGUCGAGUUUGCCUGUGAGUCUGUGUCCAACGUCAACAAGGAGCUGUCCGACCUUAUUGUACAAUAUCGUCUGGAGCCGAAACGUAAUCUCAAUCCGUUUACCAUGCGGCUCCAGGGUUCCGUCGAUGCCAACGUUAACGGAGGCUUCAACAAGUAUCAGGAUGCGUUCUUCACCGAGCGGUUCGCCAAGUCUCCAGAAGGUCGUGAUCAGAGCUUGCACGUCCAACGUCUGAAGCGGUUAAUCUUCGAACAGAUGCAAAUUCUGCGGCAGGCCCUGGAGUUGCAUCGAAGUCUCGCUUCGGAAGAAGUGCUGCCACUGCAUAACCGACUCUCGGAAGCCUUCUUGGAGCUGGAGAAAAGUACAGCCGAGUGGAAGACGAACAUAAACAUUCCAACGAAACCGCUUCCUCCGCUACCGAUCGCCAAUGUGCAACCGUUGGUUGUGUCAUCGAGUGUUCAGCAGCACUAUUUUUCCGCGGAAGAUCACGAUGAAACAUACACAUAUUUGAGUCGCAAGACUUUGUCCUUGUCGGGGAUUGUCCCUAUGACAGCUAUGACUUCGUCGCCGGUUCCAGCUCCGCAGGUACCUCCACGGGAUUCCUUUACGUCCUCUCCUUCGGCUCCACCUCUUCCUCCUCGAGGGCACACCCCGGACAAGCGCAACUCUAACCCUAUGCCCUUUACGGAGUUCGUAGAACAGCAACAGGGUUCAGCACCAGCCCGACCACGGUCCAAAAAGUACUCUCUGUACGAAAUAUCGCUGAACGAGAGUAUGAAUCACAGCUAUGGAAGUCCUCGAAGCUCUAACGAAUUCAAAGGCCAUUACGACCUUGGCGUGUUCAACCGAGACUCCGGGAUAUCCACGAGUUCGCAGGAGUUGAACAACCUCAACAGCGGUUCUCAACAAGGGCACACUCCAGGUCAUCAUCACCACCACUACCAUCAACCGAUAUCCACAGCCAUCGGUUCUCUCUGUGGUCCCUUAGACGAAUACAACAUCUCCCUAAACGGAAACGGUGGUGCCACAACUCCCAGAGGACACCAGAAAACAAACUCCAACCCGGAAUCCUUCAACUCUAUCAACGUCCAGGAGAUGGCUAUGAACUCCAUCAAUACGUCCCUAUCCAGGCUAACAAUGGCCAACGGUGCCCCUCAACCCCCGCCGCCUCCCAUCCCCCCAAAAUCGGCCGCUCUCCAUCAUCAACAUUCCUUUACGGGCGGCUCAAACCAUCCGCACCACCAGCGCCAGCAGUCGCUGAACCUUAGUCAGAACUCGUCCUCCGACGGCGACGCGAUCAGUCUGAACGACAUCAGCCCUGCUCCGCCCGUGCCGUUCAACGACACCUUCAGCGAUUCGUUCAGCGACGAAUGCGACAGUACAGCGGUGGCGGCAUCGACGGCAGUCAACAACAACAAUAGUUAUUUUCAGCACCACAAUGACACGGUGGCCUACUGUGUUCCGAAGGCGCAGCAGCAGCAGCAGCAGUCGAACAAUAGCAAUAGUUUAGGCCGGCGGUCGUUGAACGGAGCGAGCGCAGCAGCGAUGGAUGACGUGGUUGAGGUUCGGAACACGACCAUGGUUCCGCUGCGGCACGAUGACGAAGAGGAGGAGAUUUUCUAUUAGGAUGGCUGGAUGUGGUUCGUAGUAUGGUAAGUAUGUAUUUGUGCAAUCUGUGGGAGGCACGAGGUCGGUGACAAGGUCGGUGAUUUUAUAGUUUAGAACUAAGCCAAAUUGUGCUAUAUAUACCAACGGUAGAUAAGCGUAAAGUGUUUGUAUGUUUGCGGCGUUUGAUGGAAAAUCGAUCGGGAAUGUGUUUUUGCAAGAAUGGAGGUCUAUAACUCCGGUGGAAUCCGGUAAACCAAUUCCGGUGGAAUCCGGCAAACCGUUUUCGGUGGAAUGCGGUUCAACCGAUUCCGCUGAAAUGCGGUUCUACCGAUUCCGCUGGAAUGCGGUUGAAGCGAUUCCGGUGGAAUGCGGUUAAACCGAUUCCGGUGGAAUGCGGUUAAGAGCAGACUUGUUGAUAUCCCAAAAUGGCCGCCACAAUGGCUGACUUUGGCACCUACUCACGAUUUUGAGCGCACAAAUCUCUUCGUAAACAAAACCAACACACCUGAUUUUCUUAUUUUAUGCUUAUUACAAGUGAGCAAGCACAGAAUAAUGAAAAGCGCUGUUGUUUGAAGCUUGCUUCUUGAGAUUUGUGCGUUUGAAGUUUUGAUGCACUGUUCAAGCGGGACUUCAAGACGUUUGUCCUUAAACCAAUUCCGAUGGAACGUGUUACGAGGGAGGGUGAGUAUUCCCUGACAGCAAAACCAGAUUCCUGAUCAUUGGACCUAAUCAAACCACACGCAAACUAGAGGCAAUGAGGUGAUUGCUAAAUCCUAUAAUACUCUGAAGUUACAUAUUUAAGAUGAGCAACAAUCGCUUCGUUACUAUUGAAAAAAAAAAUCAAUUUUGUAACGACUACUAUAGGUAAGCCACUGAUAAACAAGAAUGUGACAAGCAAAUCGAUACCAACGAUCAUUGAAACUAAUCAGGUUUAUAUUCCCGAAUGGAAAAACGUCCUCCCGAUGUGUUGUUUCACAACACAAACAAAGACACUUGAUCAGGUUAUCAAAACGUCUGUGACAGCCCUGGUUGAGAACGAUUUAUGAUAUAAACAAUCCAGGAUCUGACGUUUAGAAGUUAUGUCAAAAAUUACGUUUACCAUGGUUCGUCUUUCUAAUAGCGGUUAAACGAUCUGUCAAAGGUUUGCGAGUGCAGAAAAAUUCGUCGCCAAAACAAGUAAAUCUUUGAAUUUUCUGCGGCAAUUUACAAAUGCAUUAUGUAUUUCGUAAUAGGAAGCUGUGAAUAUACAACAAACAACAAUCUAUUAUAUCGGCAUUAUAAUAAAUGCUGGUCAAAUACCUAUUUUAGUAACAAAAACAAUUAAACUUUAAUCGAGCAAACGUGUGUGUCAGAAUUAAUACUAUUCAAGAAUUACGAAAGCAACAACAAAAAACAACAAAUUUCGAUUUCAAUAUUAUCUUUAAACGAAAACAAAAAAAAACAUACAUUUAACUGUAACGUAUUGCAACCUUUUCAGGUGGUAAAUUGUAUCUUUAGGAAGUCGAUACGGUUUCUCCAAGUUCGCGUUUGUUGAUUGGAACAGAAUUGCACCAGACAGACAUUCCAGUUAGCGAGCGUGUACUGUACACCUUUUUUGUAUCGACUUAUCGAGUAACCUAUACUCCAUGAAGCCACCAGGUUUAAAUUCUAAACGAUCUAAACUAAUCAUUGACAUAUUCUCAAAUUGUUUGCAAGAAACAAACAAAAAAAACUCAAAAUUAAUCGCGAUGAAGGGUCCGAAAAAAGGCAAUGGAAGACACGAUUUUGAGGGAAGAUACUAGUCAUGUAGUAAGGUUUUGCGGAUUUUGUUCUAACAGUGAUCGUUUUGGUCGCACGCAAGCGAGAUGCUAAUUUAGUUAGUUCUGGGAACGGCAUUUGUAGGUGUGACGCACGGUAGUUAGGGUUAAGUGUGGACACAGGAAAAGUAACUCCGAAAUGAUCUGAUUCGAUGCUAUAUUGUUUGUGACUAUACGGUUAGAAAGAGGGAAGCAAUGCGAUAUUAUAAUCAAGAAUUGUGUCCGGAGUAAAAUGUUUCAGCUCUUUUAUACAAAGUGAAACAAACAGAA